CAGAGACAGAGACAGACAUGGACAGUCAGAGACACUCCACCGCCAAACUGCAACACAUCCACAGGACGCCGUUUUCUGUGGAGGACAUUUUAGACCCCACAAAAUUCACAAGGCGAACACUGAGUGAGGAAGAUGCAGCAGCAAACGAUUCUUCUAUCAGACGUGAUGAACCCAGAGAGAAGCAGCUUCCCCCGGCAGGAGAAUGCUGCAGCCCGGAGGAGGAGGCACUUCCGUCUCCGGAGGCGAAAAAGAGUCGACGCGUGCGCACCGCCUUCACCGUGGGGCAGCUGCACAUCCUGGAGUGCAGCUUCCACAGGUGCCACUACCUGUCAGUGCUGGAGCGACACACCAUCGCCGCCGCCCUUCACCUCUCGGAGACCCAGGUGAAGAUCUGGUUUCAGAACCGCCGUACCAAGUGGAAGAAGGAGCGUGUGCACACUGGCACUGACACGGAGGAAGAGCAUGGCUACAUGGCUCCCUUCACCUCCUCACAUCCAGCUCUCUGUCCAUGUCCCAGCUGCAGUCCGCUGCUCUGCCACCAGGGUGCGCUGCUCCAGCUCUCCACGCCGCUGCAGCUGCUGCCGCGUCGCCUUUAUUACAUGCAGUGACGCGUCAUCAUGGCGCGUAAUUCUGGACUGAGUGCACAAGCAUCUCCACAGUGUUUGGAAAACUGUGUGGUGACUGCGUUUGUAAAAUGACAAUAAUUAAGAAAAGUCAAAUAUUUUCUACUGUAAUUAAACUAUAACUUAUUUUGCUAAACAUUUUUAUAUUGA